AGUGUUACUAAAUCCAGGACCCUGCAUUCACUAUAUCUGGUCUCCCCGGACCCUGCAUUCACUAUAUCCGCUCUCCCCGGACCUUGCAUUCACUAUAUCCGGUCUCAGAGGACCCUGCAUUCACUAUAUCUGAUCUCCCAGGACCCUGCAUUCACUAUAUCUGGUCUCCCCGGACCCUGCAUUCAAUAUAUCCGGUCUCCCAGUACCCUGCAUUCACUAUAUCCGCUCUCCCCGGACCCUGCAUUCACUAUAUCCGCUCUCCCCGGACCCUGCAUUCACUAUAUCUGGUCUCCCCAGACCCUGCAUUCAAUAUAUCCGGUCUCCCAGUACCCUGCAUUCACUAUAUCUGGUCUCCCUGGACCCUGCAUUCACUAUAUCCGGUCUCCCCGAACCCUGCAUUCACUAUAUCUGGUCUCCCAGGACCCUGCAUUCACUAUAUCCGGUCUCCCCGGACCCUGCAUUCAAUAUAUCCAGUCUCCC